AUGAGUUCCUCCCUUGAGGCCAAGAUCGUUGUCCUCGGUGGACAAGGCGUCGGCAAAACCUCCCUGGUGCACCGCUACGUCCGCAACGAGUUCAAACCGGCCGUUAUCACUUCCACCGUCGGCGCGUCUUUCGUCACCCAACGCGUCAUCGACACCACCUCCGACACAACCGUGCGACUCCAGAUCUGGGACACUGCAGGCCAAGAGCGCUUCCGCUCCAUCUCCCGCCUGUACUACCGCGGCGCCCAUGCCUGCCUCCUCUGCUAUGACAUCACGGACGAAAACAGCUUCCACGAAAUGGCCGGCUGGCUGCGCGAGCUGAGGAUGAACGUUGGCGGCGGCGAGGGUGACUCCAACCCCCUCGUCAUCCACGUCGUCGGCACCAAGUCUGAUAUCGUCGCCGAUGAUCCGUCCAAGCGUCGCGUACCGUUCGAGCGCACGAUUGCCUAUGUCGCCGAGCAGCUGUAUCCCAGUCGGGCAUCGACACCCCCUCCGUCUGCUGGGAUCGGGGCGAUGGGGUUGGGAUUUGGGUCCGCGGUAUUUGGGAGCAGUGCCGCUGGGAGCGCGAACGGGGGGAGUACGGUGGGUGUGUCACAGACCGCCCUGCAGAGUCCUGAUAGUAAGCGCAGCUCUGCGUUCUGGGGCCAGGAAAUUGGGUGGGACUGUUGUCACGAGAUCAGUGCAAAGGAUGGCGAGGGGAUUGACGAGGUCUUUCGUGUUAUUGCGCGGAAGUUGGUUGAGCAGCGGAAUCGGCGUGAUGCCGAGGCUGCGGGGUCGGUUGGGGGAACCCCCGGUGUUCCUGAUAGCUUGACUCCUGCGACCCCGGGGUACAUAGACCCGAAUGGCAGCUUCAGAUUGGGUUAUGGGGAUAAGCGGCGGAGCUGGUUUGGGCAGGCCCCGACGGUGGGUGAUGCCGAGGAAGUGCAGAUCAUGCAGACUGCUCGGCGACGUGGACGGUGCUGUUGA